ACAUUCCUACAUAAAAAAGUAAUUAAAUAAAAAUGGAUUUUAGAUUUUUUUUUUCAAUCGAUUAAGAAUCGUUAGAAAUCUGAAUUGUGAGCGAUUUUUUUUAACACCCCUUUAAUGCAUUAUACAAAUAUUGUUUUUUAAAUCAUUUAGGUGUGUUCAUCUGGAAAAGAAACCCAAUUACUUUAAUUUUGAAUCAAAUAAGAAUCGUUACAGAUAAGAGUUGUGAUUCAUUCGAAAACAUUUUUUAGACAGCCCUAAUAAAUAUAUAUAUAUAUAUAUAUACAUACUAUUAAUAAUAUAAUAUUAUAUAUAUAUAGACAGUAUAUGUCAGUUUGCAACAAUGAAAGCGAGCUACAGCUAACAACUUCACUUUCAGGCUCUUUUGAAGGACUCGUUCAAAGAUGCGACUCCCUGCAGAGAGCCAUAAAUGUCAGCCCUACAGUAAACAUGCUCCAUAAGCACUUUGGCUUUUACGGUCUUAAUCCACCCUGCUUUAUAGCAUGCACUGUUUAUCAGCUCUACACUAGCCCUGCCUUUAUAGCACACCCUCACCUUUGCCCCUCCACUACAAGUCACAGGAGGAAGAAAAGAAGUGAAAUGUCCUCACCGCUUUAGUCCAACAACACACAGUCAACUGGGAUUGUGCUCAAUACUCUUUUUACAUCCAUCCACAUGUCACUGAGGUGAGGUGUGGUGUGGUGUGGUGUGGAGUGGUGUGGUGUGCUGAGGUGUGGUGUGGUGUGCUGAGGUGUGGUGUGCUGUGCUGAGGUGAGGUGUGUGAGUACAUGAGCAGUUGUUGAUUAACUGUGCGCUGAUAGAACACACCCUGCAUGAUUAGUGUCCUCACCCAUUGUCUUCACACUCCUGCUCUCUUCACCUUCUCCUUUGGAAUGUGCAGGGAAGACGGCUCAGUCAGCGCUGACAGCUGGAGAAGGUAGGACAUGUAGCGUGGAGAAGGUAGGACAUGUAGCGUGGAGAAGGUAGGACAUGUAGCGUGGAGAAGGUAGGACAUGUAGCGUGCAGAGCCACACCAGAAGAAGGAUCCAGGAUGUUCCUGCCCUACCUGGGAGUGUUGGUGGCGGCGGUGGUGGUGGCGGCCAACAAGAUGCUGGACCAGUGUCUGAGCGCCAAGCGUCAGUACGCCAUGAACGUGGUGCUGCUGGAAGACAACACCUACGCCUGGAGCAGACCUCUGGUGCAGGCUGCUGUGGAACAAGCCAUCCAGAGGGACCGGGAGGAGAACAUCAAAUAUGACUUCAACUUUACUUUAACUGCAAACUUCAACGGCUUCAACACCACCUUCUACAACCGACAAGGCUGUGGCAGCAGCACCUGUGAGGGUGUGGCCAUACUGAAGAUGCUGCAUAACAAAGGUGAGGUGGGAUGCGUCAUGCUGGGUCCGUCCUGCACAUUCGCCACCUUCCAGUUAGUGGACGACGUCAUCGGCCUGAGCCUGAGCAUUCCCAUCAUCUCGGCGGGGAGCUUCGGCCUGUCGUGCGACUACAAGCCCAAACUCACCCGCAUCCUGCCGCCGGCGCGCAAGAUCUCCGACAUGUUGUCCAACUUCCUGAUGGAGGUGCUGCCCUUCAAGGACCAGUGGGAGCACGUUUACGUCUACAAGAAGUUUGUGGACAACGCCACCGAGGACUGCUUCUGGUACACUAAUGCGCUGGAAGCACCAGCAGCCAACUUUGCCAAGCAGAUAAAGAGACAGAUGCUCCGGACGGAGGAUGAACUGACCAAAGCCCUCAUGUCUGAGGAACGCCACAGUAACAUUUUCAUCCUCUGUGGCCGUCUUGACGACGUAGUUUCAGUGAAGGCCAAAGUGGGUCCUCUUCACCAGGACACCGUCUUCCUUCUUCUGGACAUUUACAACCCUGAGUAUUACGUCAACGCCACGUCCAGUCAGGGCAUGCAGGACGUCCUGGUGGUCACGCUCCCAAAGAGGAACUACGACUAUGGAUCUGCUCUCCAGUUCAACGACACGAUCAACGACUACGUGGCCGGCUAUCAUGACAGCGCCCUGCUGUUUGGUAAAGUGCUCAGGGAGAGGGAGCUGAGUCAGCGAAAUAAGUCCAACUACAGAGACUCUCACGACGUACCGCUCAGCGACAACCCAUUUGGGAAUGUCUCCUUCCUCGGUAUGGCAGGACACUACGUGCUGGACGAGUACGGGGACAGAGACGUCAACUUCUCCAUCAUUUACACUUCCACUAAGACUGGCAAGUACGACACUCUGCUGGUGUUUGACACAUCCUGCAAUAAAACCAUAGAGAUGGCUCAUGAUCCAGAUCUGCCUUGGAGAGGAAACCGUCUGCCCCAAGAUCUGCCUGAGAGUCUAGUUGGUCUGAGCACGCAGAAUGUGAUCGUGAUCGUCCUGAGCGUCAGCGUUGUCGUGGUGACCGCCAUGGCCCUCAUCUUCUACAGGCAGAACAGGAAAGAACGGCAAAUGCAGAAAAAGUGGUCUCACAUCAGCCCUCACCUGAUUGGUCCGCUGGACGAGAAGGAGGUCUUCCUCAAGGUACAAAGUUAG